AUGUUGCGUAGAGGGUUGCACAGCAGUGCCAAAUGUUUAGAGAAAACCGGGGUAUGGUCGGACUUUUCUAAGAGAUCCAAGUCGCUUGGUUUAGCAUCAGAAUCGAUUAAGAAAUACAUCUUUCAAGGCGACAGCGAUGACGUUAGAAGACGAGGUCCACCGUCUUUGAAGCGGAGGAUGAACCGUUUGAAGUAUACCUCUCCUGAACAUAUUGAUGAGAUGUUCCGCUUGAGUUAUGAGUUUAUGAGUAAGCGCGCUGAAGAGAAGUAUUCGCAACUAGAAAAUGAGACUGAUGCCAAGGUACGUGCUAAGUUAGAAACAGAGGCUGAAUUGCAUAACCCAGAGGUCCAAUACAAUUUUCAGUAUCAUGACAAGUUAGAGAACGAUACUAGAGUGAUAGAUUAUGCUGUUCCAGUGUACAGGCGUUUGGGGCUGAAGCAUUGGGAAUCCUACGAAAAAAUGUUGUUAAUGCAAAGACUAGAGACUUUGAGUGUAAUCCCCGAUACGUUACCUACUUUACAACCAAGAGUACAGGUUAAUUUACGUUUCCCAUUCAGUACUGGUGUGAACAAAUGGGUUGAACCUGGUGAAAUUUUGUCCUCCAACACGACUUCGAUGGUUCCAACAAUUAAGAUUCAAGAGUACGAGAACGGUAUCGACUUCGAAAAGCAAAAAUACACUGUGGUAAUUGUGAAUCCAGAUGAACCGGAUGUGUUGAAUGAUACAUUCAAGACGACUUUGGCGUUCGGUUUGACUAAUUUAAAGAUAGACUAUAACGACAACGUGGUAGAUCCAAGAAAAUACAAUGAAUCGCAGAUUCUUGCAGAUUACAUUCCUCCAGUACCUGAGAAAAAUGUUGGCAAGCAAAGGUUCUCUGUAUGGGUAUUCAGACAGAAUGGUGAUUUGGAAUCCCCUGAACCAGUCGAUAGAGAAAACUUCGAUAUUAGAGAAUUUGUUCGUUCCCACAACUUGGACCCGGUUGGUGCUCAUGUUUGGAGAUCAGAAUGGGAUUCUAACGUGGCAAACAUUAGAGAGAAAUACGGAUUACCAGAAGGGAGAGUGUUCCAUAGAGUUCGUAGAUCUGUUGUAUGA